AUGGAAGCCCCAAAUGUCCCCCAGAAGUUGGUGCUGUCUGGCAUUCUGUGGGGCCUGCUUGCGGCCUUGGCGGCGAAUGCUGGAGCUGAGAAUUCAGCAGAGCUGCCACCUGUCGCCGCCCGCCACCUCCUCCAGCAGUCCGCCCCCUUCUGCACCGCGGCCGGCCAGUACAAAGCGGACCCAUCCACCAAUUGUACGCGCUUCUGGCAGUGCACCGGCACCGGCCAGGGGGCCUACAAACAAUGCCCCGGGGGAACCGCCUUCAACGAGGCGUGCUCCUGCUGCGACUUCCCGUCCAACUUUGUGUGCGCCUCCGGGGCGACUCCUCCCCCGACCACUGUUGCCCCGACACCUGUCCCAACCACUGUCGCCCCGACACCUGUCCCGACCACUCCUGCCCCGACACCUGUCCCAACCACUGUUGCCCCAACUCCUGCUCCGACCACGGUUGCCCCGACACCUGUCCCGACCACUGGGUUUCCAACGCCUGCUCCAACCUCGUCAGGCAAGCUCCAUGGCAACCCGUGCACCACGGUCGGCCAAUACUAUGCCGACACGUCGACCGGUUGCACCCACUUCUGGCAGUGCACCGGUCCAGGACAGGGUGGCUACAAGCAGUGCGUCUCGGGGACCGCUUUCAACGCGGCGUGCAACUGCUGCGACUACCCGUCGAACUUCGUUUGCGGGGGGGCGACGCCGGCUCCGUCAACCGGGGGACCGACCCCCCCCCCUGCAAGUACGACAACGCCCGCCCCUUCGGCAACGCCCGGGGCGACGCCACCGGUUACCCCAACUCCAACCGGUGCUCCCGGUACUGUUUCCGCCUACUUCACCUCCGCCGACUUCGCCCAGUUCUUCCUGCACAUGAACGACGCCGCCUGCCACCACCGCAACUUUUACACGUAUGACGCGUUCGUGACGGCAGCAAGCGCCUUUUCCGGCUUCGGCACGAGCUCCGCUUCGCCGACAAUCAACAAACAGGAGAUCGCCGCGUUCAUGGGCCAGAUCUCACACGAGACGACGGGCGGGUGGGCGUCCGCCCCUGACGGCCCCUACUCGUGGGGGCUGUGCUUCGACGAGGAGGCGACGUCCGUGCCCUACUGCGCCGCCAGCGCCGACUACCCGUGCGCGCCGGGGCUCAGCUACCACGGCCGGGGGCCCAUCCAACUCUCCUGGAACUACAACUACAUCCCCACCGGCAGGGCCAUCGGUUUCGACGGCCUCAACUCCCCGGGCGCCGUUCUCGCCGACCCAGUCACUGCCUGGAAGACCGCCAUCUACUUUUGGAUGACACCCGCCGGAAAUAAGCCCUCCUGCCACGCUGUCAUGACCGGGGGAUGGACCCCGAGCGCCGCCGACGCGGCCGCGAACCGCGUCCCGGGUUUCGGCGUCGUGACUAACAUCAUAAACGGGGGGUUAGAGUGCGGCGCCGGGCGGCCGAACACCUCGGGGGGGCCGGAUAGGAUCGGGUACUUCACUCGGUAUGCUGGGAUCCUUGGAGUUGGAACUGGGAACAACUUGUCCUGCGACAACCAGCAGCCGUUUUAG